UUUUGGAUCUUAUUGAAGCUUUGCCUGCAGCUUUACCCCAGGGCAAAGCUCCUCCUCCAAAUCCAAAUUUUAAUAAUGGUUUCCAGGGCAAGGGCAAAUUUAAUCCUAAGAACCCUCCCCAGAACCCUCCCCAGAACCAGAACCCUCCCCAGAACCCUCCCCAGAACCAGAACCCUCCCCCGAAUAAUAUUGUUCAGGGAUUUUGUGCUCAAAGUAAACUUCCACCCACUAAUGGCCUACAACGAAACAAACCAGGACAACUUAGUUGUGCUGAUACUCAGCUAGGCGAAAUUCCAGACGUUAAUCACAUGGUUUCCUCUUUAAUUGCAUCCCCUAACGAUGGUGAUAUAAUCAAAGCGAAUCAAAAAUUCGAUGUAAAUGUAAACAUACUCAAUUUGGCAACAGGAAGCUUCGAUGAUCCUGACAUAGCAUAUUACAAAAAGUCUCAACAACUUAAUGCCCAAGGAAUUAUUCUGGGGCAUUCCCACGUUACUAUUCAACAACUUAACGGUAAUCAACCUCCAAAUCCUCAACUCACUUCCUUUUUCCAGGGAUUAAAUAAUCCUGCUCAAAAUGGCGUAUUGUCCGUUACUGUUGACCCUGGUUUGGCUCCAGGAAAAUACAGAAUCUGUACAAUGAGCAGUUCUAGCGGUCAUCAAAGUGUGGUCAUGCCUGUCGCUAAGCGAGGUGCUCAAGAUGAUUGCAUUCGUAUAAAAGAAGCACCACUAAUAAUAAAUGUUCAAGAUCUAGCUUUCCUUCUUGUCACUGAUAG